AGACUAUAGAAAAUAAAAAAUAAAAAAAUUUGUCACUGAUGUGUUUGUGUGAAAGACAAAGAAAGAAGAAGCGUCAUUGGAGAAGCGGGAGACGAUGGAGAGUAGUAGUGGGGUAAUGACUGGACGAUAGGUAGUCAAGUUAAACUUGUCAGUUCGUCAAGGGGUGCGAAAGAGACUCCAAGUGGUGGUACUUAAUUAAAUUCAUCAGCCUAAUAAUAGAUAAUGUUGAUUAAUUUGGAAUUAAUUGGUGAUGUUGUUGAAGAUGUUUGGUGAGAAAUCAAAAAGUGAAGUGGACAUUGGAAGAAUCAAUCUAGGAUAAAGUGAAUAAAUUCAUUAGUUUGUUACUUGAGUGUAAUUUAAUAUUAUCAGUGAGUGCUCCAAUUCAAGAUGUGACUCUUAGGAUAAUUAUGAUCUCUGAAAAAGUCCAGAGGGGAUGGAGAUAUGUAAGAAUGAAAUUUAUUUAAAAGUUAAAAUUACACAACCCUUGGAACAGCGAGAUUUGACGCGGCGUUGCCAGGACGACGCCGAGGGGUUGGACCACGCAGCAUCCGCAUCAGCGGAAGGGAGACUCAGAAAAGCUUGGUACAAGAGAAGGUGGUCGAGGGGUCAAGAGGUGUUUCCGGGGUAAUAAACGGCCCAGAAAUUUAUCGAGAUGGAGUUUCUGCAGAGCCAUCAUUCAGCCAACAGCUCUACAGAGCCUAGUUAUACCCUUAGUGCAGGAUCAGUUGGUAGCAUCGAAGCUAGCAUUCCUAGUCUUUGCUCUACCAAUACCUUAAGUGUCCUUGGUGGUGAAGAAGCUUUAGCUGAAAAUCACCACCAAAAUGAAGACGCGACUGUGGCUGCAAUCGCGCUAGGUAGCUUGCAAGAGCUUCAAACUCCUGGUGACGAUAUCAACGAUCAGACUCAUCAUAUUCAGAAUUCUGGCCAAGCUCAAGUUGUAGGAGAAUUCGGAGCAAGCUUUUGGGUUGACGACAUGGCUGGCUUUCCUCUUCCACCUCUUGACCUGGAUCCAUUGCCUCCAGGACUGUUUAGUCCAUGUUCAGCAACAUAUAACUGGGGCUGCACCAGAUCAGAAUGUGUUCCAAGAACAACAAAUCCAAAUGGAGAAGGUGUAGCCGAUGUCCUUUUGUCUCUAAAACAUGCAGUAGUACAUCCAGGAAGCCCUACUGGAGGAUACUACAAUUCUCCAACAACAAACCAUCAUUAUGCUCAAGACUAUGGACAAAAUUUAGCUCCAACGCCGGUUACACCAAGCCACUACACCAGUGGACCUGCCAUGUCUGUCAAUGUAUCCAUGAACAUGACGAUGAAUAUGAAUAUGCAUCCAGGAUAUGAGCAGAGCUAUGCAUCCGCGUGGGGCGUGGAACCUCUUCUCAGUCCCGCCCCUCAAUACAACCCUGUACCAGAACCACAAACAAGGGUAAAUCAAGCUCCAGCCAAUAGCAUUAUUGGAACACACACCCCUCAUUCUCACCCCCAAGCACGACUACAAUCCUCGAGUGAUCAUGCGCUCUGCAUUUCCACUGAAUCCACUCCAUCUAAUGUUAUUCAAGAAGACAAUGGCAGACCAAACCUGUGCAGAAUCUGUGGUAAAACUUAUGCAAGACCGAGCACUUUAAAGACGCAUUUAAGGACUCAUUCAGGCGAGAAGCCUUUUAGAUGUCAUGCUUGCUCGAAAGCAUUUAGUCAAGCAGCAAAUUUAACUGCUCAUGCAAGAACACACUCCGGAGAAAAGCCAUUUAGAUGUCCAGUUUGUGACAGAAGAUUUUCUCAGAGUAGUUCAGUUACGACGCACAUGAGAACUCACUCUGGAGAACGUCCUUAUCGAUGUCGAUUCUGUAAGAAAGCCUUUUCCGAUAGUUCAACUUUGACAAAACAUUUACGAAUUCACUCUGGAGAGAAACCAUACCAGUGCAAGUUAUGCUUACUCCGUUUUAGUCAGAGUGGUAAUCUCAACAGGCACAUGAGGGUUCAUGGUGGUUCUUUGACGUGACAUUCUAAGGAUUGGUCAAUUAAUAGCAUAACUACAUCUUUAUCACCACCACUUCCACUACAUUUCUGUAGUCGGGUUCCAUUUAUCCGACUUGGAUCGAGUUUACAACGAAAAUUCUAGGUUUAAUUAUUAAACUAUUUACCUUUCAACGAAGAGAAUGAAAUUAAAUUAAUUCUUAAAGUAAAAUUAAUUAUAAAUGAAUAACAAAUGAAAAUAAAACAUCGCUUGUUGAGCCUUUUUCUUCAUCGAUCAGUCGGUGCCAAAAAUACAAAAUUGACAUAAUCAUAAUUUAGUUA